CUUCAUUGUGUUGACACAUUCAGAACUCAUCUUUCUCACAAUAUCCCUCAAUUGUGAGGCACUCUGAAUGGUGUAUAUGCACAGGGACUUUUAUUUUAAGAUCUGAUUUCAUCAAUGAUCUGCACUGUCUGAUUGAUUAUAGACGAUAUAAAGUGGUUCUCAGACCAGACAAGAAGCACUGCAUUCAAUUACAUUGCUCUGAAAUGUAUUUUACCACAGUAAUAUCAAUGAAGUUUCUGUGCUCGCCUGCUGCUACUGAUGGCGCUCGUGUUUAAACGGGUUUUCAUCUGGUUUUACGCAACUAAAUGAUUGCUUAAGGACCAAUCCCAAAUCUGUUUUUGUACCCCUUCCGAGUUUUCCGGUAGACAAAACAAUGUGGGAGAUGGGUCUGAAAUACGGGAGACUCCCGGGAAAAACGCGAGUGUUGGCAGGUAUGAGCUAAAGAGAAUUGGUUAAUUACAUUACAACAUUGAUGCUGAAAAAGGAACCUUAUGAACCGUCACAUUCAGCCGACACUGGAAGUUUAUCUGUGGCUGAAUAGCACUAGCUGUGCAUAUGCAGCUCUUUGCGUGACAAACUUGGAAUUUUGAAGGGGGAAAGGAUGCAAUUGCCUUUUAUUCAGUGGCAUAGUGGAAACAUGCCUCCACAUGAAAGGCAGGUUUCCACACGGUUUUGUUUUUCGUCUUCUUCGCUGUGGAUGCUUUGCUUUGGAAUGCAACUAACAAAAGGCGUUUACUUAUCUCUCAUCAGUGAUAUGGUUUAAUGUACUUGCAUAUGUAAGUUUGAGUAGCAGCAGGAGUUUGCUGGAACACUAGUGAGUAAGGAAGUGUCACGCUUGAGUUUAAAAAAAGAGAUGUCUUUGUAACUGGAGGGGUAUAAAUUGUUCAAACUUGUGUCGAAAGUCGUUUGUUGUGGAAACCAGCCAGGACUUCUGUAAAGCUGACAACACUCAAUCAAAAGGAACCAUAUUGACCCAGCCUAGAUCUCUGAUCCUGUAAACUGACCAAGAAAGAUUCACUGAUUAUUCAUCAUGGCAUGUGAACGGGACUACAACACUCUAAUGGCUGGUGUGCGAGAGCUUGAUCUUCAAGGAAAUGCAAUCCCCAGCGAUCUUUUACUAACAGGUGAACAUUCAAUUCCCCUUGCCGUAAAUCCACGUGGUCAGGUACUGAUGGCUGCAUCUCAUUAUGGUCAGGGACGUAUUGUGGUGUUGGGACAUGAAGGAUUCCUAACACGCUUUCCUGUCCUGAUGAAGAAUGCCCUGACUUGGCUCAGGCCAACUACCAGAGAUGCUGGGGUUGUAGGAAUUCAGAGGCGUUUACGUGCAGUAGCUGAAAACUUCCCAAUCAAGACAGAGCUAGGAGACUUUCGGAAUGACUUAUCUAUAUAUAUCACCGAUGCUUACAGUGUUGAGACAUGUGCAAAGGAUCUGGUAGCUUUUCUCAAAGCUGGGGGUGGUUUGAUUAUUGCUGGACAAGCCUGGCAUUGGUCUCACAAACACCCACAAGAAAGCACUAUUAGGAACUUUCCAGGCAACAAGGUCUGCAGUGUUGCAGGGAUUUACUUUACAGAGCAUCCAGGACAAGUCAGCAUCUUUCCUGUUCCUAGAAAUAUCCCUUCUACUUGGCGUGCUUUGUCAAUGUGCCAGAAUGUUAAGAAGGAUUUGGAGUUCUUGCUGGAAGGUGUCUCAGAGUUCGACACUUGUGGGACUUCAGCAUCUGAGGUGUUGGUGCACGGACCAUUGGCAUUUCCCAUUGCUCUCACUCCAGAUGGAAAACCAUUUUUUGCUGGUGCCUAUUAUGGGCUAGGUCGAGUAAUUCUGGUAUCCCAUGAAUGCUACCUGAGCAAGAACACCACAUCCACUUUCAUAAUCAAUGCCAUCAAGUGGCUUGAUGAGGGUCGCCAGGGUGUUGUUGGGAUCUUACCAAGCCUCAAAGCAGCCCAUGAGGUACUGGCCAAAUCUGGUUUAGAUUGUCAGUUGACUGAUUUCAGAGAUGACCUUAGCGUCUACGUCUGCACUUCUUACAGUGAUGCCCACUGUGCAGAGAUCCAAGAAUUUGUUGCAGAAGGUGGAGGACUUCUGAUUGGGGGUCAUGCUUGGAAUUGGGCUAGAACUAACUGGAGCUCUAAUGUGAUGACUGAAUACCCAGGAAACCGCAUUCUUAACGAAAUGGGAUUGAUUCUUUUGGAAAAUACCUUGAGGGGAGGGUUAUAUAAAGCUCCAGAAGUAGAGCAUAGUAGUGAAGAGGGGUACCACUUUUGGAGAAUGCUGCAGCGAUUUGCUGAACAUGUCAAAUUAGGGCAAAAACUGACUGAUCAAGAACAGGACUACCUGAAGCAGCUGGGCAACGAUUGUGCCAGUUACCUUCGCAUGCGCUGUUAUGAUAGUGCCGCUUACACUUCAGUGUUAGCUCUUCUUACUGACAUAGUGAAGAUGCCAAGUUUUCCACAAGUGAGUAGUACCUGUCCUGUGGAAACUCCCAAAGACCGCAUGAUGCUCCACAUUGGUAAGGAGGUCUACAAAGUGACACCUGAUCCUGAUGACCUUAUUUCAUACAUCAUCAAGGACAGACCCAAUUUGCCCACUGUGUCUAAUGCAAGAGUUCGGAUCACUGCCAACACUGCAGAUUCGGAAGAAUGGAUCAGCACUGGCUUAUAUCUUUCUCCUGGUAUGAAGACAUACAUCACAAUACCUCCAGAGAUCAUUGGAACAAAAUGGCAGGUACAGCUUGGUUGUCAGACAGAUAACAUUGGUGGAUCAAACGUCCUCAAGCGAGCUCCUGUGGUCCAUGAGCGAUUCCCCUUGGACUCAGAAAAGGUCCAGGUCUGUAAUCUGUGGGGAGGACUCAUCUACUUCGUAGCACCUCCCGAAAGCAAAGUGGAUGGGGUGGAAAUUGUUGUGCAGACCGCAGUACAGGCUCCAUACUUCAAGUCUGGAGAGACCAGUGUAGCUGACUGGGUGGGCAAGAUUCGUCAGAGACCUGCUCCCUGGGCAGAACUUGAGUUUGAAAACCUCGUCAUGACCUUGCCCUCAGAUUUCAUUCGGAAUCUGGAGCGCCCUGAUGAGGUGGCUAAACUUUGGGAUGCCAUAAUGAGAAGCGUAAGUGACUUGGCAGCAACUCCGGCCAAAUUCCGGCGCAAGGAGCGAUUUGUUGGAGAUGUUCAGAUCUCUGCUGGCUUCAUGCAUUCUGGAUAUCCCAUAAUGAUGCUCUCCAGUUCUGCUUCACAACUACUAAAUGUGAAGGAAGCCCAUAAACAUGAUUUCUGGGGACCACUUCACGAGUUGGGCCAUAACCAGCAGCGUAAGGUUUGGGAGUUUCCUCCACACACCACUGAGUGCACCUGCAACCUGUGGUCAGUGUACGUCCAUGAGAAAGUGCUGGGUGUGAAUAAGGCUAAAGCUCAUCCAUGCAUGACUCUAGAAAGCCGGCAGGCUUGUAUCAAGAAGUAUUUCAGUGGUGGAAAGGAUUUAAAAAACUGGACUAAGGCCACAGCACUCGAGACUUACAUGCAGCUUCAGGAGAAAUUCGGCUGGGAUGCCUUUAAGAAAGUAUUUUCUCUCUACCAUGAUAUGAAAGAUGUCCCAAAUGACAACGCAGGCAAGAUGAAUCUAUAUGCCAAGACCUUCUCCAAGGUGGUCAACCACAACUUGUCUCCAUUCUUCAAAGUGUGGGGUUGGCCCAUCCAGCCCAACACAGAACAGGAGCUGUCCCAUCUGCCAGCAUGGAGAGACCAUCCUGUUAGCCAGUAUGCAUAAGAACAUGUUGGAUAGCAAUGAAUUAUGCACACAGUUUUUUAUAUGAAGUUUAAAAAACAUUACCAUAAUCAUGUUUUACUUUUCAUUUGAUUAGUGCAUAGAUGAUAUAUAUCAGUGUGAUAUCCUUGCAUGUUAUUUAAAGCACUUAUUAAUCAAAUGCAGCUGUAUGGUUAGUCAGCCAAAGAUAAAUGUAACCAGAAAAGUUUUUAAAUGUAAGAAAUAAUUCUCAACUCAUUAAAUAAAUCACAAAAAUUAA